AUGUCCUCCAACGCGACGGCGACCACCACGCCUGCCUCGACGACGAUGCAGGCGCUCGUGUACAAGGGCCCGUUUAGCGUCUCGAUCGAGUCGGUCCCCGCGCCGCGGAUCGAGCACCCCUCCGACGCCGUGGUGCGCAUCACGAGCAGCGCCAUCUGCGGCUCGGACCUGCACAUGUACGAGGGACGCACUGCCGCCGAGCCGGGCCUGCGAUUCGGCCACGAGAACAUGGGCAUCGUCGAGUCGGUCGGCGACGCCGUGAGCGUGGUCAAGGUGGGCGACCGCGUCGUGAUGCCCUUCAACGUCGCCUGCGGCUCCUGCGCCAACUGCCAGUCGGCCAAGACGGCCUUCUGCACCCAGGUCAACCAUGGCUUCGCCGGCGGCGCCUACGGCUACGUCGCCAUGGGACCCUACCCGGGCGGACAGGCCGAGCGGAUCCGCGUGCCGUUUGCCGAUUUCAACUGCCUCGUCCUCCCGCCGGGCACCGACAACGAGGCCGACUUUAUCCUCCUCGCCGACGUAUUCCCCACGGGCUACCACGGCUGCAAGCUAAGCGGCCUGCAGCCGGGCGAGAGCAUCGUCGUCUUCGGCUGCGGGCCCGUCGGCAUCAUGGCGGGCUACUCGGCCCGCCUCCUCGGCGCCGCCGAAAUCUACAUGGUCGACCGCGUCCCCGAACGCCUCGCCCUCGCGCGCAACUUUGGCGCCGUCGCCAUCGACUUUUCAAAGGGCGAUGCCGUGCGCCAGAUCCUCGACCUGCGCCGUGGGCGCGAGGUGGACCGCGGCGUCGAUGCCGUCGGAUACCAGGCCGUGACGCACGACGGAAAGACGGAACAGCCAAACGUCGUCCUCAACGCCCUCGUCGACCUCGUACGCCCCUGCGGCGGCCUCGGCAUCCCGGGCCUCUACGUCCCCAGCGACCCGGGCGCUCCCGACGACGACGCCCGCCUCGGCGUCAUCAAGUUCCCCUUUGGCCGCUUCUUUGAAAAGGGACUCAGCCUCGGCUGCGGUCAGGCAAACGUCAAGAGCUACAACCGCCAGCUGCGCGACCUCAUCGUCGCCGGCGUCGCCAGGCCCUCGUUUAUCAUCAGCAACGAGGUCAGCCUGAGCGAGGCCCCCGACGCCUACGACAAGUUCCAGAAGCGCAUCGACGGGUAUUCCAAGGUCAUCCUCCAUCCCUGA